GUGAGUUUUAUGAAAAUAUAGAAAGUCUAACGAUUCUCUUCAUGUUAUUUAAUAAACAAUUCGAACGACGAAGUAUGAGAAAGGUACAUUGCGACAUCGUGAGAACAUAAGGAGAGCCGCGAGCAAAAAUCUCUUGCAACAAGACAGCGCGUCGAAGCGGACAAUACGAGCCUUUCUUCUGCUAAUUUUUUUAUUGUUACAAAAUCGUACGUCAUCCUAUUCUGAAAACUGUUAUUACACAAAACUAUCAAGGAAUAUCUUGAGUCAUCAUCAAGUUCUCGAGAAAAAUGAUUUUCGAAAAAAGCGCACGUGCAUUGUUGGAAAUCCUGCCAUCUGUUGGAUUUAUAUAGCUGCAACUAUCAAACAGCUGAUCGAUUGCUGUCAGCUGCAACCACGCUCAACGUAUCCAGUGUUUAGUGUGAGAGGUUAUAAACAUGAGUAAUAUUUAUAUACAAGAACCGCCCACAACGGGCAAAGUGGUAAUGAAGACAACAGUUGGUGAUAUAGAUCUGGAAUUAUGGACGAAGGAAGCUCCCAAGGCUUGCAGAAAUUUUAUACAGCUUUGCAUGGAGAGCUAUUAUAAUAAUACAAUAUUUCACAGAGUUGUGAAAGGUUUUAUAGUGCAAGGUGGAGAUCCAACAGGAACAGGAGAAGGCGGCGAAAGCAUAUAUGGACAUCCUUUUAAAGAUGAAUUUCAUACAAGAUUACGUUUUUGUCGAAGAGGUCUGCUUGCUAUGGCCAAUGCUGGCAAAGACGAUAAUGGUUCCCAAUUUUUCUUUACUCUUGGUUCGACACCUGAGUUACAAAAUAAGCACACUAUCUUUGGCAAAGUUACUGGUGAAACAAUUUACAAUAUGCUUAAAUUGGAAGAUGCGCUUGUAGACCACGAUGAUAGGCCUCAAUAUCCGCAGAAAAUUUUAAAAACGGAAGUCUUAAAUAAUCCAUUUCAAGAUAUUGUUCCAAGAAUAGUGUCUGAAAAGAAAGAUAAAGAAAGCAAGAAAGAGAAGAAGACUGGUGUAAAGAAUUUCAAAUUGCUAUCGUUUGGAGAAGAAGCUGAAGAAGAUGAAGAAGAGUCUUCAGUUUUAAACAAACAGUACAGUGGCAAAGGAAAGUCAGCACACGAUUGCUUGUCCGACCCAAAAUUAAGCUCACAAUCUGUAGUCGAACCAACUGAACCACCAAGUAAAAAAAAGAAAGAGGAUCAAAACAGCGAUUGGGAAAAUGAUGAUGAAACACGCACUCCAGAAGAGUUGGCUGCUUUGGCGAAAGAAAAAGAAGCUGUAAAAGAAAGAAUCAAGAAUAAAUUGAAAGAUUCUAAAAAGGCUUCCCAAUCAAAGCCGAAAAUCGAGAAGGAUGAAACGAAGGAUGAAUCGAUAAGCGAAGAAAUAAACGAUGAUGCGGAAGUCGAGGAAUAUUAUUUGGGAAAAGAUCGAGACGACGAGCGGAAGAAAAAGGCUGAGGCAAUUAGGAAAGAAAUACGCGACUUGAAGCGCGACGUGCAGAACGAGAAGAAAGCGAAAGAAAUUGAACAGAAGCAACAAGCUCAAAAGAAAGAAAAUAAAUCUGAAAUAAUGAAAGAAUAUAGAGAGACUCAAGAAAAAUAUAAGGAGGCAAAGGCGAAAUUGCCUAAGAAAGGUAAAACGCGCGAGGAUUAUACCAUGGAAUUGUUAAACAAAUUCAAGAACAAACUUCAAAACGCCAAAGAGCACGUGAAGAGUGAUACACCUGAUACAAAGGAGACAUCAAAGGAUACUGAGGAUGACGAUCCUCUGGACGAAUCCUGGAUGACACACGCUCUGCACUGCGAAGAUAAGACGCCAGUGCUCGCCAAGGAUGCCAGUACGAAAGACGACGAUUGGUUUGAGAUCUAUGAUCCCCGAAAUCCGUUGAAUAGACGACGGAGAGGAGAGAAGUUCGAUAAGUCUAAAGAGGACAAAAGCAGCAAAGAGGACGGUAUUCGUCCACGAGAUUGGCAACCUCGAAGAUCAAAUUACAAAAUUCCCUUGAGAGUACUGCGAUUAUGUUUGCUGGGAAUGCUUCUACCAUCCAUGCUCGUUGCUGGACCGCUGUAUCUGCGGUACCGCGUGUACUCUGAACAGCUGUAUCCUUUAACAAUGUCGGAUCAGAGACUGAUCGAUGCCAAAAUAUCCACAACUUGGUGCCAGAGUCAAUUAGUCAAAGUUAACACCACGUUCAAUGCAUACCUGAUGAGCAAUGAGCCAGUGGUCAAAAAGGAAACGAUGCCGGUUUCGAUGACGAGACAUCUCGUCAUGGAAGACGAUAUGAAGGAGUAUUGGGGAUUUUAUCUUCUAAGUGGCAGCAGCGUUACUGUUUCAACUUGUGUAAGAUGGCCAGGUGCCUCUUUGACAAUAAUCCGUGGACACAAAAAUUUGCAUGAAUGCGCUUUCAUCGGAGACGAUAGUAGCGAGGAACUCGAGGAGCUUCUUGAAGUCGCCAAGGAACAAGGACUCCUCGAUGCAAAAGGCACUACGGAGGCAGCGCGUCUUAGUAAUGUGCCUGCAAGAAUGGGACGAGUAGACCAGGAUGUGCAUUUUCUUCACGAAGGCAGCGUUUUUCGCUUAAACGUUUCCAAAUCAUCCGGACAUCAGCCGGGUAGCCAUGAGCUGGAUGCUCAGGCGAUGCGGAAUAUUCUCACUCAGCUCUUUGCCAAGACUCUCGACACGAAGAAGAAACAAAAAGAAAAUCAGCAUCACCAUUAUGAAGCCGUCUUCAGGGAGGCUACUAAUAUUGAUAAGCCACCAAUCACAAAUUACCCUGAAGAUCUGCAGGAUCAGUUUCUCCAUAAGAAUCCGAUCAACAGAUUUAAUGAUGCAGAGAUAUCGGAAAGCAGCACAAGAGCCGCGCCUUUGAAUACAUCCUCUUCUUUCAAAGAAAAGCAGUUUAAUAAAGAAGAUGUUGAGAAUUCCACGCAUUCUCUUAAUAUUCGUCCAACUUCUACAAAAUUCAGCAUGCAAACGGAGACCAAGACGAAACAUAAAAUUACAAAAGAGCAAGAAGAAUUGAAAGCCGAACAAGUAAGCUCUGCGGAAGUGUUUCAAGAUGUAUUGCGUAAAAUUAAUUCCUUGGGCGAUCGUGGUAAAGCGAUGUUGCAUAAAUUGAUGAACGAGAUUGAUGCGCAAAACAAUACUGAAGGCGCCGCAUUAAAACAAUUAGUGAGCGAAACGAUGAACGAUAAGACAUUGUCAAGCGAGGCCAAGCGCAGAAGGAAAAAGGACCUCCUCCUUUCGUCGCCGCUUCAUCAAGAACUAACGCAAGAGGAUGAGGAUGGUGAUGCACCGCUAGAAGAGGGAAUGUUACAUCCAGACGGUAUUGCGGAAGAUCGUGGUACCGUAAACGAAACAACUUUGAAUGACAGAAGUAAUUCCGAGUUCUGGAGCUCGUUUAGCAGCUCUGAGGAGCGGCUGUUGGAAUGCAAGGGUUUGAUACUCAAUUUACCUCUAACACCUCAUCGUUAUUGCACACCCAAGCAUGAAAAUCAACAUUCUGCGGCGUCCUUUGCCAACACUGUGACAUAUAGAGUACCUAUGAAUGGAUAUUACUUCUUUGUAUUUAACUCGGAGAAUGAGAUCCAACCGAAUUACGUGAGAGUGAAAUUCGAUCUUUUGAAGACUGUUUACAAUACUUCGAAUUCCGUGCAUGCUUGCAAAAACAGCACGAAGGAAUGCUUAUUGCCAUUUACGAUUUUUAGCAAUGAAAGAACGAUAUUAGAAUUGCCAUUAAGUGGCAAUGACUCACAAUGGAAUGAGGAAUACGUUGUGGUAUCUACGUGCGAGCCACGAACGACAGUUUAUAUUAUUUGCGUCAUUAUGGUGCCUUUGUUGAUCCUUUGUUUCGCCUUUCAUUAAAUGAUUAGGUAAUGAACAGUAUUUUCCGAUAUUUCCAUCGACGCGAUUAAAAUCGUUAUUAUAUUAUUACAUAACAAAGCUAUAUUUUUGGAAAUAAAAGGAUCAUCAUCGGUAUUUAUUACA